GCGCUCUGCGGCAACACGGCCUCAGCCUCCAGCUCCUCGAGAUCGGGACGGAACAGCCCCGGAGAGUGCCCCGGAAAUUUCCGGCUGGUGAAGAUGCCCCCAGACGGGAAUUGCUUGUUCCACGCUCUGUCCCGCGACAGCGGCGAGGACGCUUCAGCCCUGAGGAACGAGGUGGCCGACUUCUUGGAGGAGCAAGCCGCGCAACAACAAGAACACGAAGACUCCUGGCUGGAUGAAGCAGCCAUGCUCCGAGGUGAUCCCGAAGAGUGCUGGGGAGGAGACGUCUCCGCGCUCGCAUGGUCGCUGCUGCGAGAGCGCCGCGCGCAAGUUCAUUGGCGUGAUUAUGCCCAAGACUAUUUCCGCUUCGACGAGCGAACCCACUGGCAGGUGCUGGACAACAUGGCUGACCCUGACAAGCAUCCCGUCCUGCAUCUCUUGUACAACGGCAUUGAUCACUACGACUUGCUGUUGCCUGACUCGGGCACGGACCCCGUGGAUCAGGAGAGACCAACAGCGCGACCCACAGCGCACGCUGCCCACGGGCGCCAAACGGGGGAGUCCGGUGGCUCACACUCCUCGGCCUGGGUGAGCGGCGAGGCGUGGCCUCGCAUCUUCUGCGCCUUCAACGACUGUGCAUGGUGCAGCGAGCACGGGGACGAAGAAGAGCUGUUGCAGCACCUGCAUCAGCAUCACCUGCCACAGCUGGAACCGCUGCUGCAGCUCCUGCCCGAUCCGAAUGCACAGGAUGCACUCCUCAGCAUUUACAACGAGGCCGUGGCGAUCAAGUGCCGCCUCGCAAGCUCCUCUGGCAGGAUCUUCCUUGGACCGCACGGCGUUGCGGUCGUUCGCCAGAGCAACCUCUGGCGACAGGGCCGAAGCGCCUGCAUCCACACCCGAGUCGCCGAGACAGAGGACGCAGGCAACAUCAAGUGGCACCGGCCACUGCAGCGAGCAGCGGGCGCAACGUCGGCCACCUUCCUGGGUCGGCCGCUGUCUGAGAUCGCCAACAUCCUGGGCCUGGACUCUUUCCUCGAGAAGUACGACCGCCUCGAAGGAGACCUGAAGUUAACCACCUUCGAAGACUUCGCGCACUGGCGCGUGCGGCUCCCGAGCAACGACGGCGGAGAAGACGGGCCCUUCUUGCUAUGCUGUCCGGAAGACCACCGCUGCGCUGCCCAUCCUCAACACGUGGCGGAGGGUCGCUUCUGCGAAGAGUGCGAAGUGCCCCUGUGCAGCGAGUGUCACCAGCGAUUGAAAGCCGGCAAGCUGCCGCCUCUGAGCCUCUGCAACGACAUGUGGACUGGGUAUGCCCCGGAGCGGCUCUACGCGGAGAACGUCACAGUGAUGGAAAUGAUCUGCGCAAGCCCGUGCGUCACCACGCUGAUCUGCAUGUCCAUGGAGGCCCGGUAUCGGAGCGACAGCUCCUCGCUGGAGGAGAAGAUCCACCCGCUCGACGAGAAGGUCCACAUGGCCAGGCACCGACUUGGGGCCCGGGGCAACGCGCUGACUUUCCCGCUGGCUUGGGAGGAUUUGCUGCGCAAGCUGCAAGCGCAUCACGGACUGCUGGACUCCGAAGCAAACCAAGAA